AUGAAGUACUCCGUCGCUUUCGUUGCUCUCGCCGCUGUUGCCGCUCAGGCUCAGUCUCUUGCCGACGUCCCCAAGUGCGCCAUUCCUUGCCUCGACAAGGCCAUCGCCAGCGAGACCAGCUGCGACAAGACCGACCUCGCCUGUGUCUGCAAGGACUUCAGCGCUGUCCGAUCCAAGGCUACUUCUUGUGUCAUUGACGAGUGUGGUACCGACGUUGCCAUCAACGAGGUCCUUCCCGCUACCGAGAACCUCUGCAAGAACCCCCCCAAGGAGUCUGAGCCCAAGUCCACCGCCGAGGAGGAGAAGCCCACCACCGCCGCCGCCACCUCCACCAUGGUCGUUGUCACCACCAGCGCCGAGGUUGUUGAGACCACCGCCGCUGCCACCACCACUGUCGCUCCCAUUAUUCCUACCACCGCUGCUGAGGAGCCCGCCACCAGCACCCCCGCCGCUGCCACCCCUACCAAGGGUCCCGAGCAGGCCAACGGUGCUGCUGGCCUCAAGGGUCUCGGUGCCCUCGCCAUGGCUGCUUUCGCUGCCCUUGCUCUGUAA